CAACUUUCACUACGACCAGCAUCAUACACCUAGCACCAUGACACCAAUUCGUCCACACCAUAAGUCGCGAAGUGGAUGCAAAACAUGCAAGCAACGCAAGGUCAAGUGCGAUGAAGAUUUUCCCAUAUGUAAGAACUGCACUAGGAGAGGGAUAGAGUGUGUCUGGAAUUCUACCUCAGGCUGCAGCACAAAAAUUCCCAGGGAAUCCGAACAACUCAGGCUCUUGAACACGGGCGCCGCUCUCUCCACAAUAACGAAGUGGCCUACUAGUAGCGCAGGUUCAUCGUACGACCUGUUGACGCUAGAAUUAAUGCACCACUAUUCUAUAUCAGCUUCCUAUUCUCUUUCUUCGGAUCCUGGCGCGUCAGGAAUCUGGAGAAGCCUCGUUCCCAAAAUGGCUUUUGAUCCUCGCAAUCACUGCCUCCUCCAUGCCAUUCUCGCUUUUUCCGCUCUUCACAUGCACGUGGAUUCCACGUCCGCCAUUGUGGAUCGAUACGCCGAAGCGGCAAGUGCUUAUUAUUACCGGGCGAAGCUCAGUUUACAUUUGACGGACAUGGAAGACACUGCCGCAGACAUAAACGCCGUCUUCGUCGCACUAACUCUCAUCGCGCGGUACGAAUUUGCCACAUCAACCGAAGUAGUUCCGCGCUCUAGCGAUUGGUAUAUUACCAUUCGUGCAAUCCGCCGUAACAUUGAAACGAACCGGACACAGACCCAAGGCAGUAUUCUGCGUUCGCUCAUAGAUUCUGUGGUACCAACACGUCUAUCUACGCCUUGGGAGGAAGAGUUCCCAUCAUCCUUGUCAACACUCUUGAGCACAUCACACUCAGCUCCGGAUGUCGAGGAGUUGUACGACGUGUCGGUGCGCACCGCCUAUAAGGAUUCGAUAUAUUUUUUGGAGCGGUCAUGGGGAACUUCAUCUAAUCAACGUGUGGGUUUAUGGUGGUAUAUGAUGUCAGCUACGUUCCUUCGUUUAUUGGCAGAGGAGAGACCCAGAGCACUCAUCAUACUGGCGCACUACUGCGUUAUGAUGAAACGUGUAACCCUGGAUGGGCCGUGGUGGGCGAAGAAGCAAUGGGGUAAUGAAGCUGCGAGAAUCAUCUCCAUGCUUGACGCGCGGUGGGCACCGUGGUUAGGAUGGCUCUCGAGUCAGUUGGAUGAAGUGCAUGAUACCCAGGUUUUUGAUGUUACGGGCGUAGAUCUUCUAGAUUGGUUCAACGGACCAUUAACGCAGGAGACAGUUAUAGGACAGACCAUUUCUAGUUUGCACUACAGUAUCGAAAGACAGUGAUUUUGUACCUGUAUGCGAACAGUGUACCAUUAAAAAGAUGAAAAAGUCCCGUAAGAAAGCCUGUAUAGUAGACGGUUGUAUA